GCGGGGCGCGUGCUCGCCGCGCUCUCGCUCCUCCGGUCGCCGUCUGCCCCAGCGCAUCCCUUCCCCGCGCGCGGCUUCUCCUGCUCGUCCUCGCCCGCUCCCCGCGUCGCGAGCGGCAAGAUGGCGGCGCCCAGGCCGCAGCCCGCCCGGCUGUCGGGCGUCAUGGUCCCUGCGCCCAUCCAGGACCUGGAGGCCCUGCGCGCGCUCACGGCGCUCUUCAAGGAGCCGCGCAAUCGAGAAACAGCCCCCAGGACAAUCUUCCAGAGAGUCUUGGAUAUCUUGAAGAGAUCUUCUCAUGCUGUUGAGCUGGCCUGCAGGGACCCGACCCAGGUGGAGCAUCUGGCUUCCAGCCUGCAGUUGAUAACAGAGUGCUUCCGUUGUCUCCGGAAUGCUUGUAUAGAGUGCGCUGUGAACCAGAAUUCCAUCAGGAACCUGGAUACGAUCGGUGUUGCUGUAGACCUGAUUCUUCUGUUUCGUGAGCUGCGAGUGGAGCAGGACACCCUGUUGACAGCUUUCCGCUGUGGCCUGCAGUUCUUGGGCAACGUCGCCUCACGGAAUGAAGACUCGCAGUCUGUCGUGUGGGCGCACGCCUUUCCGGAGCUUUUCAUGUCUUGCUUAAAUCAUCCAGACAAAAAAAUUGUUGCCUACUGCUCAAUGAUCUUGUUCACGUCUCUUAACCCUGAAAGAAUGAAGGAACUGGAAGAAAACCUCAACAUUGCAAUUAAUGUCAUAGAAGCUCACCAGAAGCAGCCAGAAUCCGAAUGGCCGUUCCUGAUUAUUACAGACCACUUUCUGAAAAACUCGGAGUUGGUGCAAGCCAUGUAUGCCAAACUGAGCCAUCAGGAAAGGGUGACCCUGUUAGACCUCAUGAUUGCCAAGUUGGCGAGCGAUGAACAGCUGACCAAGGAUGAAAUCUCCGUGUUUCUGCACCACGCCGAGCUGAUUGCGAGCUCCUUCGUGGACCAGUGCAGGUCUGUGCUUAAGCUGACCUCUGAGCAGCACGCUGAGGAUGAGGAAGUCCUGGCCACAAUCAGGCUUCUAGAUGUGCUGUGUGAAAUGACAGCCAAUACUGAGCUGCUGGGCUAUCUGCAGGUCUUUCCUGGCUUAUUGGAAGGAGUGAUCGAUCUUCUGCGAGUGAUUCAUGUAACUGGAAAUGAUGCUCCGGGUAUCUUCAGUAGCUCUGCUUGCGUAAGAGCAGGAGGAGACGUCUCCAACAUGGCAGAGGGGCUUAAGUCUCAUCUCAUUCGCCUGAUUGGAAAUCUGUGUUACAAGAAUAAAGACAACCAAGACAAGGUGAACGAGCUGGACGGCAUUCCGCUGAUCCUGGACAGCUGCAGCAUCGACGACAGUAACCCCUUCCUGACACAGUGGGCGGUGUACGCCAUCCGCAAUCUCACCGAGGACAACAGCCAGAACCAGGAUCUGAUCGCCAAGCUGGAGGAGCAGGGCCUGGCAGAUGCCUCGCUACUGAAGAAGAUGGGGUUCGAAGUUGAAAAGAGGGGGGAGAAGCUGAUCUUGAAGUCCACAUGUGACCCCCCGCCACGUGACUGAACUCUCCAUCCAAAUGUCUGAACUCACAGUCUGUUUUGUGGAAUUUCUGUCCUCUCUGCGUACGAAACCGCCCAUCUGUGAAGACGUCCAGGUCCAAUUUGGGAGCUCUGAGUCCCUUAGGUAAUAGUGCUCAGUGUGUGUGAGCUGCAAGAGAAAGUGCCCGAGUCUGCUUGCUUUCUGCGCAUUUAGUCAGCUGUGUGGUGUGACUUUGUCCCCUGGAUAGAGUGUGCAUUUGCGUCGUGGCCGUACUGAACUGUAGCAGCAGAUAAUAAAUGUCCUCUCGGGCGCAGCCCACUGCCCGAGCCUGGGCCUUCUGCCUGCAUUCUGUGCAUCAUUUCAGAUGGAUGUCAGCCUCGCUCCAUCCCCUCGCCGCUCCUCGUUGGGUUUUCUGAAUGCUGGCAGCCCGCUGAAGUAGUUUCUCACUGGGAUUAGUUCUAGAAGGCUCUUUGCUCCCCUUCUGCCUUUCCAAAACAUUGCCGAGACUCAUUUCCAGUUAAUUAGCUCAACAAGCCACCCUCCUCGAGUUAGGUGCUGCUUGUCACCGAGCCCUGCCCUCUGGAAUGUGGGGGUGAGGGAGCAAGGCGGUGUCCCUUAACUCUUCCCAUCCCCCUGCUCACGGUGAGUGCCUGCGUCUUACCAGCCUCCAGGCCCCUGUAGAGAGCAAAGCGCUUUCACCUGCUGCUGCGUGUCUAGCUUCCCAUCUGUCUGCCUCUUUCUUUCACCUCUUAUCUGAAGUGGAACGGGACAAAGAGCGCUGAUCGUACAGCCCAGAUCGCCAUGAAAUGCCAGAUAGCGAGCCGUCACACUGGGAUCGCCUAGCACGAAACCAGUAGGUCCAGAGAUUUAGGGGAACUCCUGUGUUAAAACGUGUAGAGCAAGCACAAUGGAGACCCACUGAAAAGUUUUACAAGCUAAAAUAAAGGCUUCUAAA